AUGGCGGAACGAGCGAUUAAGAAGAGACGGUUGAGUCCUCCGGAUGAUGGACGUACAGCAGUUCCUGGCUUUGCGAAAUGGGAUCUGGAGCAGGACUAUGAACAGCGUCUGCAAAAGAAGAAAAAGAAGGACGAUAAGCGGGACAAAUUGUUGGUGAAGACGGCAGAGGGGCACUUGGUGGAGAAUCCGCGAACAGAGCAAGAAGAGCAGGAAGACGAUGCAGACAGCUUUCUUGCCAGUGGAGACGAGGAUGGCGACAGCGGCGUUGCAGACCUUCAACCCAAACCCAAGCCUCGAAAGCCGUCGCUACCGCCGAAAGAACAGAUCAGGCAGGCUAAAGAGGAUCUGGCACGAAUAGCAGGAUCUAUCAGUGAGAAUCCGGAGGAAAACAUCGGUCAGUUGGGAGCAUUGGCAGAGUUGGCGGCUUCUCAGAAUGUCACGGUCAAGAAACUUGCAUUGGCGACGCAGCUGGCUGUGUACAAGGACAUCAUACCAGGUUACCGGAUACGGCCUCUGUCAAAAGACGAUCUAUCGGGCAAGGUUUCGAAGGAGGUCAAGAAGCUGCGAAGUUUUGAACAAGGUCUUUUGAGCGGAUACAAGGCCUACAUGUCGUCCUUAUCGAGUCUUGCAGUCGCAAAGCCCAGCCGUGGUAUCGACCGCAAAGCUGCGAACAGUCUAGCCAGCGUGGCGAUAUCCUGCUCUUGCACGCUUCUCACGAGCGUUCCGCACUUCAACAAUCGCGGCGAUCUGAUCGGUAUUCUGGUGAAGAAGCUCUCGAGUCGACAUGCAGACGCCGACUUUGCCAAGUGUCGCGAAGCCAUCGAGCAGCUCUUCCGGGAUGAUGAAGAGGGACAUGCCUCUCUGGAUGUUGUGGGACAGCUGACGAAGAUGAUGAAGGGAAAGAACUGGAACAUUCACGAGAGCGUGCUCAACACAUUCUUGCACUUGAGAUUGCUUAGCGAGUUUGCUCACAAGGCCUCUACGAACAGAGUCGACAAGGCUGAGGAUGAAGAGCAAGUCGGCAAGAAGCCGAAGUUUAAGAAGGAGUUCAGAACGAAGAGGGAGAAGAAAGUGAUGAGAGAGCGGAAAGGGAUCGAGAAAGAGAUGAAAGAGGCGGACGCGACGGUUUCGUAUGAAGAGCGCGACAAAAAUCAGUCCGAGACGCUGAAGCUGGUCUUUGUCGCAUACUUCCGGAUUCUGAAAGGCAGAGUACAGCAUCUUAUGGGGGCGGUAUUGGAAGGGUUGGCGAAGUACAGUCACCUCAUCAAUCAGGACUUCUUCGGCGACGUGCUCGAAGUUUUGAAGGACUUGAUGCAUGAGGCGCAAGCAGCUUUGGCUCAAGAUGACGAUGAAGACGAGCAAGAAGAGGAAGAAGACGACGCCGAGCUGGAGGAGGCAAUGCGACGGAACGCCACACGUGAGAGUCUACUCUGCAUCAUCACCGCCUUUGCCCUUCUUCAGGGGCAGCUUGACGUGUCAAAGUCUGCGAAAACUUUGCAUUUGGAUCUGAGCUUCUUCAUCAAGCAUUUGUACCAAACGCUUGUCCCACUUGCCAUGGACCUGGAUGUCGAACUGAGCGCCAAGACUGCCCAUUUGAACGAUCCUAAUGGACUGCACGUUCCAACGACCAGCUCCAAGGAGAACAAAGUCAAUGUCGCCACAACGACAGUCCUCCUCCUUCGCUCUUUGCAGUCUGUCUUGCUUCCACCGACCAACACCAAGUCUGUCCCUCCGGUCCGAGUGGCAGCCUUUAUCAAGCAGCUCGAGACUCUGUGUCUUCAUCUUCCCCAGAAGUCCGCCAUUGCAGUACUGGAACUGCUCAAGCACGUCACCAAGACCCACGGCGGCAAAGUUGCGGCGCUCUGGUAUACCGAAGAGCGGAAAGGCGAUGGCGUAUUUGAUCCACUGAGCCAGGAGGUGGAGAGCAGCAAUCCCUUCGCAAGUACUGUGUGGGAAGGCGAGCUGUUGCGCUUGCACUUCGACCCCAAGAUCCGCGAAGCCGUCAAGGCAAUCGAGGGCAACAUCAAAUCGGCUCGUAGUUGA